AUGGCUCCCCCAACGGGCACAAAGCGCGUUCGCGGAAUCUCAAUCUUUAGACCGUUCGUUUUCGGAAGCGAAGCGCAGCCCUUUGACCCUGCAAAACGUCCUCCCAACGCCCCUGAAGACCACACCCACCAGUGGCGCGUAUUCGUCAAAGGAGUCAACGAUGAAGACAUAUCAUACUGGCUAAAGAAAGUGCAGUUCAAACUGCAUGAGACCUAUGCACAGUGCGUGCGCACCAUAGAAUCGCCGCCGUUCGAGGUCACAGAGACGGGGUGGGGCGAAUUUGAAAUUCAGAUCAAGUUAUAUUUUGUUGCGGAAUCGACAGAGAAGCCGCAGACGCUAUGGCACAGCCUAAAAUUGCACCCGUAUGGGGAUGACAUCGAGGGGAAAAAGGAGAGGCGAGACGUUAUUGUGGCUCAGAAUUAUGAAGAGGUUGUGUUCAACGAGCCUGUUGAGCAGUUUUAUGAUCUUCUUACGGGCGGGUCGGGAGUGGUGCAGCACCAACUUCCUAAGGGGAAGACAGGGAAGGGAGCUAAGCAACCCCAACCACAGCCAGGGAGGACGGCGGAGAUCCCGUACUCAGAUAGCCCGAGGAACCCUUAUAGUCAAAAGACAGAAGCGAAGGAGCUGGAUAGACUGGCUGAGGCCCUUAAGACUGUAGAUCAGAUGCUUAAAGAACAGAAGGCGAAGCUUACGGAACGAGAAGCUAAGUUGGAUGAGUUGAGGAAGAGCGAGGGUGUUACAGCCGUUGUGAAAAAGAAAUAG